CGGUCGGUUCAGUCUGGUUCCGCUGCCACACACAGACCACAUACAGUCAGUCUGCAAACCGCAGGUGCGAGUUUACACUACCGCAUGUUUUCAGCCCUCCACCCCGGACUCUAAACUACACCUUUCCUUCAGCAUUCACACUAUUUUCACCAUGUUGUGGACAGCGAACACGAUUAUGAGGAAAUUCUCCUCGAGCUCUGUUUACUACCAAAAUAAGCUGAAGCUGGCCCUGAUUGGCCAGAGCUUGUUUGGACAGGAAGUGUACACAAACCUCCGUAAGCAGGGCCAUAAAGUGGUUGGCGUUUUCACAGUUCCUGAUAAGGACGGCAAGGCGGACCCCCUGGCGGUGGUGGCAGAAAAGGACGGGACGCCGGUGUUUAAGUUUCCACGCUGGCGGGUGAAGGGUAAACCCAUCCCGGAGGUGGUGGAGGCAUAUAAAGCGGUGGGUGCAGAGCUGAACGUCAUGCCCUUCUGCUCCCAGUUCAUCCCUAUGAAUGUGAUCGACUUCCCCAAACACGGCUCCAUCAUUUACCACCCCUCUAUCCUGCCCAAACACAGAGGAGCCUCCGCGAUUAACUGGACACUAAUCGAGGGUGAUAAGAAGGCAGGAUUCAGUGUAUUCUGGGCUGAUGAUGGUUUGGACACUGGACCAAUCCUGCUACAAAAAGAGUGUCCAGUAGAACCCAACGACACGGUGGACACACUUUAUAACCGUUUCCUGUUUCCAGAGGGCAUCAAGGCCAUGGUUGAAGCUGUACAGCUCAUAGCAGAUGGAAAAGCUCCCAAAAUCCCUCAGUCUGAAGAAGGAGCCAGUUAUGAGGGAAUCCAAAAGAAAUCCAAUGCUAAGGUGAAUAUGGCUCAGCCGGCAGAGGCCAUUCAUAACUGGAUUCGUGGACAUGAUAAAGUUCCUGGUGCCUGGGUUGUGAUGGAUGGAAAGCCUGUAACCGUGUAUGGUUCCUCAGUGUUGAGCGGGUCUGUGCCUGCAGGUCAGCCCAUAGACAUAGAAGGAGCGUCUCAGCCUGGACUUAUCACCAAAUCUGGACUCCUUCUGUUCGGCUCUGAUGGAAAAGCGCUCCAGGUGAAGAGCCUGCAGUUUGAGGAUGGAAAGAUGAUUCCUGCAUCUAAAUACUUUUCAUCUGAAGAAACGGCAAGUUUGGAUCUUACAGAUGAUGAGAAAACAAUGGCAGAGGAGAUCAGGGUGAUCUGGAAAGGGAUUCUGAGUAACGUUGCAGCUAUUGAAGAAACCACUGAUUUCUUUAAGUGUGGAGCCGCUUCAAUGGAUGUAGUCAGGUUGGUGGAGGAGGUCAAGCAGAAGUGCGCUGGUGUUCAGCUCCAGAAUGAGGAUGUUUAUAUGGCCACCACCUUCCAGAGCUUCAUCCAGAUGUUGGUCCGACGCCUGCGUGGAGAAGACCAGGAGGAGGAGAUGCUCGUUGAUUAUGCCGUAAAAGAGGUCAACAACAUGACCGUGAAGAUGCCCUACCAGUGCUUCAUCAACGGCAAGUUUGAAGACGCCGAUGAUGGGAAAACAUACAACACCGUGAACCCCACAGACGGCUCAGUGAUCUGUAAAGUCUCUUACGCAUCAGUGGCAGAUGUGGACAAAGCUGUAAGUGCUGCAAAAGAGGCUUUCGACAACGGGCCAUGGGGUAAGAUGAACCCCCGUGACCGCGGCCAGCUGCUAUAUCGUUUGGCUGACCUGAUGGAGGAACACCAGGAAGAGUUGGCCACCAUUGAGACCAUCGAUUCUGGUGCCGUUUAUACUCUGGCAUUGAAGACGCACGUCGGCAUGUCCAUUCAGACAUUCAGAUACUUCGCUGGCUGGUGUGACAAGAUCCAGGGCUCGACGAUACCCAUCAAUCAGGCCAGACCCAAUCGAAACCUCACUUUUACAAAGAAAGAGCCUUUGGGGGUGUGUGCCAUUGUAAUUCCCUGGAACUACCCGCUUAUGAUGUUGGCAUGGAAGAGCGCGGCCUGUCUAGCAGCAGGAAACACACUCGUCUUAAAACCUGCUCAGGUAACUCCAUUAACUGCAUUGAAGUUUGCUGAGUUGACAGUCAAAGCUGGCAUUCCAAAAGGAGUCAUUAACAUUGUACCAGGAUCAGGUGGUCUGGUCGGGCAGAGGAUGUCUGAGCAUCCCGAUAUCCGUAAGCUUGGUUUCACAGGCUCGACUCCCAUUGGCAAACAGAUCAUGAAGAGCUGUGCAGUCAGUAACCUGAAGAAAGUUUCACUGGAGUUGGGCGGUAAAUCUCCUCUCAUCAUCUUCAGCGACUGUGACAUGGAUAAAGCAGUGCGAAUGGGCAUGAGUUCUGUGUACUUCAACAAAGGAGAAAACUGUAUCGCCGCAGGCCGGCUGUUUGUUGAGGAGUCCAUUCAUGACGAGUACAUCAGGAGAGUGGUUGAGGAAAUCAAGAAGAUGAAAAUAGGAGAUCCUUUAGAUCGCUCCACAGAUCACGGACCCCAGAACCACAAGGCUCACAUGGACAAACUGGUUGAGUAUUGUGAGAUGGGCGUGAAGGAGGGCGCAACACUCGUCUACGGUGGACGACAGGUGGACAGACCAGGGUUUUUCAUGGAGCCCACAGUCUUCACAGACGUAGAGGACCACAUGUUCAUUGCUAAAGAGGAGUCAUUUGGCCCUGUCAUGGUCGUGUCCAAAUUCAAAGAUGGUGAUGUAGAUGGAGUUUUGAGCAGAGCCAAUGACACAGAGUUUGGCCUGGCUUCUGGCGUCUUCACCCGUGACAUUAACAAAGCCAUGUAUGUGAGCGAGAGAUUGGAGGCGGGAACUGUGUUCAUCAACACCUACAACAAAACCGAUGUGGCGGCUCCUUUUGGAGGCUUUAAACAGUCCGGGUUUGGGAAAGACCUUGGUGAGGAUGCCCUGCACGAGUACCUGCGGACUAAAGCUGUGACAGUGGAGUAUUGAAGGAACACUGCUGGAAAAACUGCAAACGGCCUUUUACUGCAGCCCUAUUUGACUUGAAGCAGGUUUGAUAGGAAACCCAGAGCUUUUCCUGCCAAAACUACACUCAUGUGCCUACAUUUUUUAUUAUCGCUUUUUUUCCUGGAUAAUGCUUGGAGGGACUUAUAAUGACUGGCCUGUGUAAAAAUGCUGGUUAAAAAUGUUUUUAAGAAAUGGCAACUGACCUCCAAGUGGAUCCAAGAAACAAAUCAUUAUUUAUCUAGCAAACACUGAAGUGUGUUAAAGUGGUAAAGUGAAAUAGAGUUAUUUGAGUUUAUUAACCGCAACAGUAUCAGAAUCAGGAUGACAAAAGCAGUUUAAUGGGAAACUGCUGGCUCGAUGCUGCAGAAAGGGAAAUUAAUUAACCAUCAAAAUGUUCAAUCGCUCAUAUCACAUAAAAUCAUUCAUUUACACAACUGUACGUAAAGGUUUGGGGUCAGUAAGUGUUUUUAAAGAUGCCCUUAUAUUAAUGAUAUUAAUAUGCUAAUGUUUUGCUCAGUAAACGUCUUUUUUAUUAUUAUCAAGAUAGAAAACACUUUUGAGGAAACCAUGAUGCAUUAUUUUAGUCUUAUAAAGCUGAAAAUAAAGCUAAAAACUAAUUGAAAUAUAGAUAUUUGUAACAUUAUGAAGGCACACUGUAAAAAUGAUUAGUUUACUUAAAAUGAGUGAGUAAACCUGUGCUUUUAAAACAAUUAGUUGACUUUACUUAAUAAAUUAAGUAAACCUGUUGCUUUAAAAUGUAGGUAAAUGAACUAUGUGUGCAUAUUUA